UAGGUCGACCUGCCCGUUGUGCCUGGUCCCCUUGGUGGCCUGGGAGGUGGACCGUUUUCGUCGUUGUUCGUCGUCGGCUGCCAGUCACCAGCAGCACCAGCCAUAGCGCGAGCAAGAAACGGGAGGCAGCUCGAGCACGCAGCAGGAGGCAGCAGCAGGCAGCAGCAGGCAGCAGGAGCGAGGAGGAAUCACCGAGCCGGUUGAGGCACAGGAUCUUGAUGAAAUCGGACGGCGUCAGUUGCUUCUGUUAUGGGCGUGCCAAGUUGGUAGUGGUAAGAAACACUUGCGUGGUUGGAUGUGGGGAGAGAAAGAAUACCGCCAGGACUCAUCCAAAGUGUUUGAUGUGUUCGGACACGUCACUGGAGGCCUCAGGUAAUUUGAAGCCUGGAUGACCAGGCGCGGGCCGUAUUCCACGGGUCCAUCACAGGCUUGGCCUCAGUGUCGAGAUCAGUGGAAUCGGAGAGAGGCAGAAUGUGGUCAGAGGGGUCAGAGGGGGGUAGGAGGCUUGGGCUCUGCAGACUAUUAUUGUCAGAGGUUGGCAGAACCGUCAGCAGGUCUGCUGGCGCGGACAAUUCUCAACAAACAGCAGACACUGCGCGCCAAUGCCAAUGCCAACCGGCCUUGGCAAUCGAAAUGGAAGGUCCACGGAUCGGGGCUGGAGUUCACGCGUAACCCAAGGGUGCAAAAUGGAGGGAGGGGGGGAGUUGGCCCCAGCAGACUGGGAAAGCUGGGGACGAUCUCAGCUGGCAAUGUGGAGGGGGUGGGGGAGGUGGAUGAGAAUGUUGUGGAGAAGAUGGGGGGGUGCAUGGGGAUCUCUGAGGGGCUUGGAUUGUCGUCGUCGAUGUCCAAUUCCUCGACGACAGGCUUUGGUGCCCAGCAGCAGCAGAGAUAUGGGCCAUCGCCAAGGACACUCAGUUCUAUGGCCGGAUUGUUUGCAUUGCGCAGAGAUUCAUCUCUGGGACAACCUCCUGCCCCUCCACAAAUCAGAAAAACUGGUGUUCGUUCAGCAUUCUUCAACAAUGCAGGAUUGAGUGUACCUCCCCGUGUGCUGGCUUCUUGUUUGCCUAAACACAGCCCGUACGUGACGAGUACUCCCCCGACGUCUUCUUAUUUGUCUCAGUACUUUUCAUCCUCGACAAGCACUGCGUCAACACCUGGAACAAGCGUUGGGUCAACGUUCCGAAUAAAGUCCGCAGAGGAGAGGCAAUCACAGCAGAGGAGAGGCAAUGACAGCAGCACCAGCAGAGGAGAGGCAAUCACAGCAGAGGAGAGGCAAUCACAGCAGCACCAGCAGCAGCAGCAGCAGUGUAGGACUAUUGGACAGGGGCAGCAGUUUGAAGACUUGCCAUCACAGCGGUGGCUGAAUAAGCAAAUCGAGAGUGGGCUAAGUCCUUCGCCCACGUGGAAUGGGAGUCAAUCCAAAUCUGUUCGAUCGGAGACUUCCGGAGCAAGCCCGUCAGAGCGGGUUGCGCGGUUUUCUGAUGGCUGGCGUGACGUUUCGCCGCACACGAUGGGGGCGGUGGCCAGUGGCGAUGACGAACACACGCAGUACUGUGGAGUUGCUGUUGCUGCUGGCAAGGAUGUGGGAGAGACGAGGAAUUGUCAGGAUGUUUGGCUUGAAGGGGGGCGGGUGUCUGCAACUGUUUGUGGUUCUGAAAGCCUAUCCAUCGCCAUGGAUCGUGGACAUGUGACGGUUGGAGAAAAAGCUGUUUUUCAGAAACCGACUGUUGAUCGAGGUCAGAUGACAGUCCCAGAAAAAAGUGGUUUUGAAAAAAUGGCUGUUGAUUAUGGCUCGGCAAUGUCUAGAGAAAAAGGGCAUGUGGGUCGGGAGAUCCCGCAGAGUCGAGGAUCUCAUCGUGGAGAUGGGAGAGGGAGUUUACUGCUGAAGGGCUGCUGCUCAGGGAUUGACUGUGAUUUGAAGGGAGGGGUGCAGUUUCCUCAAGUAUAUUCGCAUCUGUGGGACCGCACUCGAAAUGGCCUAAGCAGUUGCAUCUCGGUCCAUGACAUGGUGCCAGGUGCAAGUAUCGCGAUCUCAGCCCUUGAGUUGCUUGCAAAGCAGUCGGCUAUCUGGAAGCUCGACCAAUCGCGUCAAUUCAGGUACUCUGUGACCUUGUUAGGUCGGUGGAGAUGGAUCAAGGGGCGGCCGUUGGGGAUGGGAAAGCUGGGAGGGAAGGAGAAUGUCGAGUUCGCGUGGUCCGAGUCUAAUGAAGCAGACACAAUAUUGAGUAGUCAGGUGUAUGGAGAUGUAUCAGAGAAGGGGGUUGUCGGCACCCCUUCCUGGUUUUCGAUGGAUAACAUGUCAGGGGUCCAGCAGAGACCCGGCAAUGCGUUGUGCGGUGCUGAUCAGAAGGCUAAUGAUGACCUAGAUAUCUUAAAGCUGCUCCCAGAAAGCUUUGACUUUGACCAGUCUGUGCUAUCCUCUGGGGGUGGUGGAUCCAGGUCCACACUUGUGCUGGUUGUCGACGGGUUUCUUCCGGACUCCUUGAAGGGGCUGGUGUCCUCUGCCAGCAUAUGUGGAGAACUGGGCGAUGAAGUUCAACGUAAUCUGCGCCGGAAGGGGUCUACAAAAGGUUUGACGUGGAGAGGAAGGGACAAAGAAAGAGACAAGGAGCAGCAAAGAUGGGAUAGUGUUCGGAUGCCAUUGCGUGUGCUGUUUGAAAGAGCUCCCGGACGGCGUAUUCCGAAGUCCGAGUUCGAUGACUAUGAAGAGAGGCAAAGAGUUUGGGAAGAUGCGAAAAGGGCGUGGGAGAAACAUAGUGGGGCGUUUAGGCAAGGGCAUGCGUUUCCUUUGUUUGGCACAGCACGGUUUAUUGCACUUGAGGGCGAGCAACACGAGGAGGAGAAGGGACGCGGAUUGAUCUUUGAGGAUCUGAAGCGGGGAUGCAGUGGGGCUGCUAAGGAGCUGGCAGCGGAACAGAGUAACUGGGGUGUUGAGGUGGGAGAGCAUAAUAUCGCUCUGCAGAUCCAGGUGCUCAUUCCUGACGCCGAGGUUGAGUUCAUACCGCUUCUCCCACUGCGACUUUGUAACACGGCUUUGGGGCGCUCUCUUCAGGCUUCACACCUGGGCUACUCACAGCAGCCGAAGAUGGGCUACGUUAGCAUGGAUCAAGGCCGUAAGGUGCUCCCUCUUGUGGAGGAUGACCCAAAGUCGUUUCAGCUUCCUUUGGUUGGCAUCUGGGUGUCUGGGGUCGUCAACGAAAAAGACCCAUUUGUAUGGUCUUGCUGCGUUCGAUACGCUGUCUGCUCGAAGCCAAAAAACAAAAUCAUGCAUCAUCAACCACAAAUGGGGUUUCUGCUUGUGCUGUUCUGCAAGAGAGAGGUUGGAGGAUUGGGAGGUGUGGGGAUGAAUCAAUCUGCUUCCCCAACUGGCAUCAGCUUCUUCGAGUGCCAUGUAGCCCGUGGUGGCGAGCAACAGCCGAGCAACAUCAGCUCUCAGAAGAAUGAGUUCAUAGCCUAUCAGUUCACAACAGAGGUAACCACUGCAGCACUCAAAAAUUCUUCAAAGAAACAGUCAUCAAGGCAUUCAUCACCAAAGCUGGGCUCUGUGUGUGGUGACGCUGGAGGCGCUCUGAUUGGCCGCUUUCAUCCCAUCCUUGAGAAUGGCAAGAAGGCCUGCGAGGUCGAGUCGGAGAUGAAGGCAGGAGCUGGCCAGAAGAAGAAAGCAAUCGAUGAAACGAUCGGUGCUAGAGAGAAGGUAAAGUCAGUCCUCCGUAAGAUCUCCGAGAAGUGCGGCAUGGAAGAAGUGAUUACUUUGCCUAUGGAGGACGAGGAGGACAAUGAGGGGGUAGAGGAGGGUCAAGCAUUCAUUUGUGGUGGAGAAAAAGGCAGACACGAAUCGUCACGAUGGUUUGCGUUGUUGUCAGAUGUGAUCGCACAUGACAGUGGCAAAGGGGAACGGCCAUCGCCCAAAGGGGGAGGAGGGGAUGCGAUCCACAGGUGUCAAAGUGGACGCUCACCUACUUUCUCUCCCUCUCUUGGACAAAUGGACGAUCCUCUGCUCAGCAAAGAAGGCGGGAGGGGCAUGCAAUUGCAAGAACCUCCAGAUGAGGCGGACGGCGUGCCGUUGCAUGAGCUGGAAAGGGGCAGCAUGCAAGCCAGUAGCCCCCAUGCAGAACAGGGGGAAGAAAGUGGUGCUGCGAGGUUUAGACCGACGUCUAAGGGAGAGGGUUUUCAUCCGGAAGUUGUGAAGGCAUGGCUGCAAAGUGCAGAAACCACAAAACUCCAGGAGGAGGGCGGGGAAUACUCUACAGGGAACCGUGAUUUUCGGGGUUGGCAGUCUUCUUGUCGGACAUCGUUGGACUCGUUCUCAUUCCCUGUCCUUCAAGACCAGAAGAUGGAGGGCAAGGAGACCGCAACAAACAUGAAUUCCCUGCAGAAUGCAUGGAUGGGAGGGAAUCGGAAGCUUGAGGAGCCAUGCUCUGGGUUGCCUGUGGAAGAGCACAACCAGAAUCCAAACAGCCCUAAGAGGUUGAUAAGCAGUCCUCAAGAGGGAUACCCAUUUAAGAACCCUGCAGAAUCAAAGGGAUGGGUCGAGGCAGACAACGGUGCCGACAAAUUUCCCAGUCAUGAUGCGCGGGGUGUAAAAGGACCAAAAUCACCUACGUUUUCCCGUUCCCGCUCGACAUGUGACCCUCUGGGUGAAGACUUGCCUGGAACCCACUCGGGAACUGGCAUGAUUAGAAAGGAGAUGAUUGGCCAGAACACUGACCUUCCGCAUCAGGUAGAGGGUGUGUUUUUGUCUCAUGCACCCGUGACGGACCGGGGGUUUCCUGCUGAUGAUGAUGACAACAGAGGGAGACUUUUGUGGCUGCGUGGUGAUGCGCACGUGACUGCACACAGAGGGAGACUUGAGAGGAGCUCAGCAGCUGCUAUGGGGUCUGUUGUUCAUCGACCGAAAGAAUCGGCGCAAACAAUUUAUCCUGGUAGUAAUGGGAUGGUCAAGCCACAGAUGCCCAAGGGGUCAAACAGAGGCUUACAGUAUGAAAGAGACACCAGGGAUAUGGAAGAAGGCAUUGACAUCGACAAGAAGAAUGCCGUAGGAGAAGGGGGUGCCAUGUGUGGUUCUGGAAAUAGUAGUACCGCCGAAGUUGACCGCGAAACUGGAAGACUGAGGGGUGGUGGUGCUCUCUGCAGUGAAAACGGGGCGGGUUCAAGUAAUGGAGAAGAGGAGUUGGCAAUCUCCCAAAAAGACCUGGUGGCUCAACACAACCUGUUGAUGAAGAUGAUGCAGAAGCAGAUGGAACUGCUGGAAAGGUGUUUGGGAACAAGUGAACCUUGUCCCAGUUCAAAGGUGUCGACCGCAACGAAUACUUCCUUCAUCUGGGUGCCACGACUGCAAUUGAUGCCCUCGCUUCAGGAGGAAUCCCCACCAUGUCCUUCUCAACCUUACUCGUUGUCUCCGUCUGCCAAUGAAAAAGCGAAAAUCGACACGUCGGUUCCAGGUUAUCAUUUUGACCCUUCGCUCAUCCGGCAUCCACUGGCAGUUAGCCAGCGGUUGUCACUACAGCUGCGCGAGGAUCAACACCCUGUCGACAAUUGGGGACAAGACCGGCAAGGAGUCAGUCCUACCUUAGGCAACAGAGGGCCAGGGGGGGGGAUUGACUUGCCAGGUAGGGCAGUCUUUCGUGUGGGGUUCGGCACAGUCAAUGACGAAAGGGAUUUGGCAGACGGGGAAGAGACAGGUCAGGAGUGGCAGUCGGGAAUCCGAGAGAAGGACGGCGACACGAUGGGGAAGGCGGUUGAUGGCGAUUCGAGAGGCCCAAGUGCAAAAGAGACACCGCAUGAAGGGGACAGCCUCGAUCACAGGGCAUUCGCAGCAGAUGGGACUGGCGGAGAUUGUGGAACAACAGAUGGCGUUCGAAGCGAUGCAGCGGGACGAGCGAAAGAACUGGCAGGCCUAAGUGAUGGGGACCUUAUGUUUGCUUAUCAGAAAGUAGGCGAUUCCGCACAAGCACGAAAACAGUCGGACUGUGGUGCAACUUCUCCACGAGCCUUACCAAACGCGACCGGGGGUGGCAAAGCUGGACUGGCACAUCACCCUGCGGCAGUUGUUGCUGCUAUUAAUGUGGGAAAGACGGAAGCAGUGCUGCAGCUGGAGCAGCAAAGUGUAAAGGGUUUACCUGUGCCGAGCUCAGCUUCUGCCAACCCUUCCCCAGGAUGUGUUGAAAUGAUGGCUGGCUGUGACAUCUUCAGAAGGGACCCUCCGCAACCAAGCACUGAUUCGCCAGCAGAGGUCCUGAAGCAAUGUGCUUGUUUACCCUCAGAGACGAUACCUCCCGAAGGUCGAGAUGAGGAAAUAAGAGGAGGAACUGCUGAGAACUCCGCUUAUUCCAGAGAAGUGGGGAAACAUUGUGCCAUGAUGUAUACCGGGGAUGGCACAGAAAAGCAAGAAAACGGGUCGCCACACUAUGAGAGAGAUUUUGAAAACAGCAUUCAGAACAGAGCUGGAUGUGAUCCGACACUGAGGGUCCUUAAGAAAUCGAUUGAGAGAGAAGUGCGUUUGCACACGCCGAUGUUCACAGAUAUCCCUCGGAUUAUUGAUGUGUGCUUCUCUGACAGCGAGUAUGAUUCCAGCUCUUCGGAUGAGGACGAGAGGAGGCUGCGUCGUAAACGUGGAGCAAAGGUGGAGAGCAGGAGUGUGGCGCAGAAAAUGAAAGCACACGCUGUCAUCAGUAUCCCUGAUAACGAGGAAUAUGACACUGAAGCAUCCAUGCUCCUCGACGAUUUAUCGCUGGAAACAAUGAAAUACCUUAAACAUUACGGGCUACUUCAUGGCAUGAGACUCCCCAGUGAUGCGCCAUCAGAGAGCAGGAGGGAGCAAGACCGUUCACAGCCAGCGACAAUGGCCUCUGGCACAGUGGUCAGGCGUUCUGCUGCAGAUGAUAGGACAUCCAGCGAGGAAAACGGAAGGAAUCGGCCCACUCAGCGGUUACGAAACCGAAUUGUUGACGCUGAAGGCGACUGUAAUGUUCAAGGCCCUCGAGCAAACACCACGAACCCUUCGCAUCCUACUUCUAUAUCGGGGCAAACAACACAGCAUGCCGUGUCGUCAUCUAGCAGGAGCAGCAACAAGAUGGCCUUCACCCACAACAGGGAACCUUGUGCGUCAGGGGUAUUGUUAUCUCCCCAGCAUAGUGCUGUUGCUCAUCAGCCACAACCUAUGGUUGCAACGGUAGCCUCUUCUUCUUCAGCCACAACCGAAUGUGAUGCUCUAGGAGGCGAUCAAUGGGCCAGGUCUGUUGCUGAUGACAGACUGGGCGCCGGGUAUUCCACUGUUCCUUCUCGGACUGAGACGCAGCCGACCACAUUACCAUUGUCGUCGUCAGUUCGGCAACUGGCCGGCGGAACCCGUGGCGACGGUGCGGUCUGUGGCGACAAGAGAUCGUCUCCUGGUUUAUCUGUAUCGGAUCGUGGUCUGCACAAAGACGCAAACAAGUCGCGGACAGUUUUGUCAGCCCAGGUGGGUAGCACAGAUGACGGAGAGCUGUGGGGGAGCCAUUCCAGCGAACAGGGCAUAGCGACGCAGAGGGGUUCACGGAAGCGGACCGAUAUCGAGUCGCAAGGCGAUCGCUUCCAAAAUGGUUGCAAAGCACAGGUAACACUGAGUACAGACCGGACCAGCCGGACCGAGGCAUCAGUCGUCGGAAGCAGCGGUCAAGCGAGACCUCAAUUUAGGGAGGAGGCUUGUGCUGAGUUUUCGAUUUACCCUGCAACAUCCCCUUUUGGACCUUGGUAUGCUGAAGAACAAGCCAUCAAGUCACUUAAAUGUACAGCAAAUAUUGGUGUGCGGAAUGAGAGGAUGGAAGGAGUGGGAACCAUGGCGGAUGGCAGGGAGAGAUGCAAUGACAAGAUGCAGCCAGCAAGUGGCGAUGUCGCAGCAAGGUUCGAGGCAGGGCAUUGUUUUCCAAACACCGAGGGUCAUGCCCAUGGUCGGCAAGUAAAAGGUACUGCUAGUGGUGAGGAUUGCAAAAACAAAGGCCGAUUGUCCGGUGUCGAAGAUAGCGUGUUUGGUCGUCAGGUGUCAUUUGCCGAUAGCUAUGAUGCGACGGUUCAACAGGAUGCAAGGGACCCAGUUUCUCCUACAAUUGGUGGUCAGCAGCAUUGGGUCGGUGACUGUUCCCACGAUUCGGAUAUCACUUUGCGGGAUAAAGAGGCGCUCGGCAAAAUGCUCGGCGGCGGUCAGGAUAUCUGGCCCUCAGUGUCGGAACGGUUGCUGCCUGGGCAAGAAGGUACUGGAGAAAGAGAGAGUGGCCGUCAAGCAGGAGAUGACGCUCGAAGCUCAUUCGAGAAGAGUUCGGGGAGACAAACCUUCAUUCUGGAAUCAAUUCGGCGGAAAAAACUUCAAAAGCUGAUUUGAUUUUUUUCAAUUUUUGUCACUCUCUCUCUCUCUCUCUCUCUCUCUCUCUCUCUCUCUCUCUCUCUCUCUGUGUGUGUGUACGAAAAAUUGUGUAGGUGGGCACUGGGCAUCCUGUUCAUUGUUUUUUUUUUUGUUAAGGGGGGGGGUUAUACAGAAUUUAUACCCUAACAUUGUUGUAUUCAAGAGAAUUCAACUAGAUUUUAACUCUGUGUGUUUCUUUAACUUUCUUAGCAGUCAUAUGUGUGUACUAUAUAGCAACCAGGCAGGUAGGUAAGCCUCGUCCAAAAGUUGGAUCAAAGUUCAUGUUUGGUUUUGUGUAGCCUAGAGCGCUGUGGUGCAUUCACAUGCAGGGCUUUCCUGGACGCAUCUCCCCAUAAGUACGUCCAUAUUCAGUUGAAAAAAAUGUCCUAGUGUGAAUACGCUGUUACACCGUACUCGCACUACUUGAGUGCAGGAGGGACAGAAGCCUCUUUUUUUUUUUUUUAAUCCAUUUCCUUCUCAGUAUUUAUUUCACCACUUUGUAUUUGAAAUUUGAAUACUUUACACAUGCAUUGUAAUUUUUAAGUGUAAAUUAUUAAAAUUAGUAAAAAGUUACUAAAAAC